AAAACCACUACUCUUUUUUGGUCAAACCAAAACCACUAUUUUUAAUCAAAAAUAUUCACUUCAAUGGAAAGAUUAGCUGUCAGAGCAUCUCGACCGUCCAUCUUCUGCUCUCUUCCAGGUCUCGGCAGCGAUUCUCAGCGACCACCUCUAAGUUGCGGUUUUCCCAGGCUGCCUGUGUCCUUGAAAGCAGCAGCUAACACAAACUUAGUCGCGAGUUCUGUUUCUUUUCAUCCAAUCUCCGCCGUCAAUGUGUCUGCUCAAGCUUCCCUCACCGCAGAUUUUCCCGCCCUUUCAGACAACAUCGUGUGGCACGAGAGUUCCAUUUGCAGAUGCGACCGGCAACAACUUCUUCAACAAAAGGGUUGUGUCAUUUGGAUCACUGGUCUCAGCGGCUCAGGGAAAAGCACUGUUGCGUGCGCUCUAAGUAAAGCAUUGUUUGAAAGAGGGAAACUUACUUACACACUCGACGGGGAUAAUGUACGUCAUGGCCUUAACCGGGAUCUUACUUUCAAAGCUGAGGAUCGUACCGAAAACAUACGCAGGAUCGGUGAGGUGGCUAAGCUGUUUGCUGAUGUUGGAGUCAUUUGUAUAGCAAGUUUGAUUUCUCCAUACCGGAGAGACAGAGACGCGUGCCGGUCUUUGUUGCCGGAAGGCGACUUCGUGGAGGUUUUCAUGGACGUUCCUCUAUCCGUGUGCGAGUCAAGAGAUCCAAAGGGGUUGUACAAGCUCGCACGUGCCGGCAAGAUCAAAGGCUUUACUGGAAUCGAUGACCCUUACGAGGCACCACUGAAUUGCGAGGUCGUGCUGAAACACACAGGAGACGACGUUUCUUGUUCGCCACGUCAGAUGGCUGAAAACAUCAUCUCUUACUUGCAAGACAAAGGUUACCUUGAAGGCUAAGUCAAAUCUGAAAAAUCGAAGAGAAGAAACUUAAUUAGUUUUUGUUUUUUUUUGUUUUUAAACUUUGUUUUCUUGUCUAUGAUCAUUAAGACACAAAAGAGAAAAAAGAUUGGUGAGGGAAAUAGUCAUAAUAAUGUUUAAUGGUUAGAUGAUUGCUCUCUCUGGUUCUCUCGUAAGUUUGAGACGUGAUACGACGGUGUCUCGCUUGUUCUUGAAUUGUGUCAAGCUCGAGAUCCAGAGGAAUGGACAAAUUAUACUUCUUCUAUUUCAUUUUAGUUGUUGAUUUUGAUUUAUGCAAAUAAAUUAAAAAAUAUUUGUAUAAAAUAAAAAUAUCAUAAUUU